AUGGUCGAUCCUAUGCCAAAUGAGGACAGGACGAUGGACUUGGAAUGCAAUGAUAACGGUCACUUUCUCGUGAACCAGACCGUACACGACUUUUCGUGGCGGGGUCUGACAGUGACGGUCAAGGAUCGGGAGACGAAACAGUCUCGCGAUUUGCUCAAUGAUAUCACCGGCGAUGUGCAGCAGGGGGAGCUUGUUGCCUUAAUGGGCCCGUCGGGCUGCGGCAAGACCACGCUGCUGAAUGUGUUGGCUCGACGUGCCGCGUCAUCUGGGGCCAAAGUUCUCGGGGAGAGCUAUGUCAACGGCUUGCAGGUUGACUCAAAAGCAUUCCAGCGUAUGACUUCCUAUGUUGAGCAGGAAGAUGCGUUGAUCGGAUCCUUGACCGUGCAGGAGACGUUGAAGUUCGCAGCGGAUCUGUCACUCCCUAGCUCGGUGUCGAAACGCCAGCGUAUGGAUCGGAUCCAGACACUUUUGGAAGCAUUCGGUAUCCAGAACCAGGCGAACACGUUAGUGGGGACUCCAAUCCGAAAGGGUAUCAGUGGUGGUCAGAAGCGUCGGGUGAGUGUUGCUAGUCAGUUGAUCACUUGUCCUAAGAUCCUGUUCUUGGAUGAGCCGACUAGUGGGCUGGACUCGACCGCCAGCUACGAAGUGAUGUCGUAUGCAAAGGAGCUCGCGCGGACUAAUCAAAUCAUCAUCAUUGCCAGUAUUCAUCAGCCUUCAACCACGACGUUCCGGCUCUUCGACAAGCUCCUUCUUCUUUCCGCGGGGAGAACAUGCUACUUUGGUCCGGUCCCUGGUGUGGAGAGUUACUUCGAUGACAUUGGCCAUCCAGUCCCGACGAAUACUAACCCGGCAGAGUUCUUGUUGGAUAUUGUCAGCGCAGACUUCAACAGCUCGAAAGAAUUGGCCCAGGAACGCGUUCGAGUCAUUCAAGCUGCCUGGGCAGAGUCGGCAGCGAGCGAGGCAGUGAAUAGGAAGGUUGCAGAUCGAGUCCGGUUGGUGGAAAAGGAUGGAGACGACGCACUGGUGGAUGACAUGGCUCGACCUGGACCGCUGCCCAUCACUUCCGCUCUGCUUUAUCGUUCGUUCAUCAAGUCCUAUCGUGAUGUCGUUGCCUAUGGAAUUCGAAUUGUGAUGUAUCUAGGGCUGGCUAUCAUGAUGGGGACUGUGUGGCUUCGACUUCACCCGUCACAGGAGUACAUCCAGCCGUUCAUCAAUGCUAUUUUCUUCGGCUCUGCAUUCAUGUCUUUCAUGGCCGUGGCAUACGUGCCAGCCUUCUUGGAAGAUCGAGCAACCUUUGCCAAAGAGCGAGCCAACGGGCUGUACGGUGCAACCCCCUUCAUGGUCUCGAACUUUCUCAUCGGCCUUCCUUUCCUGUUCAUCAUAUCCGUCCUGUUCUCCAUCAUCUCAUAUUGGCUCUCCAACUUCCGACCCACCGGGGAAGCCUUCUUCACUUGGGUGAUGUGGUUAUUCCUCGACCUGGUCGCCGCCGAGUCCCUGGUCGUUCUGGUGACCGCCAUCUUCCCAAACUUCGUGAUCUCCUUGGCUCUAGUGGCGUUCGCCAACGGACUCUGGAUGAGCGUCGGAGGGUUUUUGGUCACGCCCACGAUUCUCAAUCCGUUCUGGAAAUAUGUGUUCCACUACAUCGAUUAUCAGGCAUAUGUUUUCCAGGGUAUGAUGGUCAAUGAGUUCUCGCAGAGGACUUACUCCUGCGGUGAUGGAUGUCAGUGUAUGUAUACCACUGAUUUGGCUGAUCAGUGUCUCAUCCGGGGAGAUGCGGUGUUGGAACAGUAUGGGUAUGCCGCUGGUCGGACUGGCAAAUGGGUUGGAAUUCUGAUUGGCAUCAUUACUGUCUAUCGGCUGCUUGGAUGGAUUGCUCUGUAUCUGCGCAAGAACUAA